AUGUUCUAUUUUUCAUUGAUCAAACUUAAGACAAACCUCUCUUCUGUGCCCAGACCUCCUGCUAUGGAUCCAAAGUAUUUGGAAGAUUCUGAGCUAAAAAUGACCGCAGUAACAGAAACUCAUUAUGAAGGGGAAAUUCCAGAAAGCUUUGAUGCCAGAGAACGUUGGCCAGAUUGUAGGUCUGUAAAACUUAUUCGUGAUCAAGCCAAUUGUGGUUCAUGUUGGGCUGUCUCAACAGCUUCAGCUAUGUCUGAUAGACUAUGUAUCCAUUCGAACGGAGAAAGGCAGGACCUGCUUUCUGACAGCGACAUCCUCACGUGUUGCGUACUCUGCGGUUCUGGGUGUAACGGAGGAUCGACUCUCAGAGCAUACGCCUGGUUGGUCAAAGUUGGAGCUUGCACAGGAGGACCUUAUGCGACCCAAGGAGUGUGCAAACCGUAUGUUUUCCACCCAUGUGGUCGCCGUGUAGACCAACCCUACUAUGGCGACUGCAAAGUGAAGAACAUGCCUACUCCAAAGUGCAGAAGAGAAUGCUCCGCUGAAUAUUCCAAGAAUUAUGGAGAUGACAAAAUUUUUGGUAUAUGGAAUUGA